AGAAAAGCAGAAUUCUCUUAGGAGAGGGACGGAUAGCAUCUUUUUUCUCCCCCUCCCCUCCAACCUAGGCCAGUGCCUAGGACAGGAUGCGCAGGAAGGAGCUGAGAUUUAGAACGGAUUCCUCUGCCCGGCUCCAAAAUGGUGGGCUGGCGGCGGGCCCGUAGUCGGGCCAGGCCUUAGAGACUGCCACGUGCGGUUCGCUAGGGCGUUGCUGGGAUGGUGGAGGAGUCCAGCGGCGUGGAGAGGCAGGGGCGGAGCCACGGGCCCUCGGAGUGUAGGUACUUUAGCGGAGGCGGGGGCGAGUGGAGCAGCAGUCGCAGCUUCUCUUUUCCACUGCAAUCUUCUUCAUUAUGGCCUCCGUUCCUGAGCUGCUGAAGCAGGAGGACGACCGCAGUAAGGAGGAUCAUUGAUUUAUUCCAGUAAAUCUAAGGAAAAUUGGAUACGGAAUGUGCACAUGAUGAGGAAAUUAAGAGAAGCAAAAUUAAGUGACAUGACCUUGUUCAUCUGAGACCUGGAUUUGAACUCAAGUCUUCCUGACUGCAAGUCUGGUCCUCUAUUUACUGCACCAUCUAGCUGACCUGGGACUUGAAUUUCACCUCCAACUCCUUUUCACCAUCAUACAAUCUUUUGUUCAAGUCUGAGAUCUGUAUCUGUGGACCUGAAUGUCGAUCCUUCUCUCCAGAUUGACAUCCCUGAUGCCCUGAGUGAAAGAGAUAAAGUCAAGUUCACAGUGCAUACAAAGACUACCCUCUCCGUUUUUCAGAGUCCAGAGUUUUCUGUUACAAGACAGCAUGAAGACUUUGUGUGGCUACAUGAUACACUUAUUGAAACCGAAGAAUAUGCAGGACUCAUCAUACCACCUGCUCCUACAAAGCCUGACUUUGAUGGCCCCAGAGAGAAAAUGCAGAAACUGGGAGAAGGUGAAGGCUCUAUGACAAAAGAGGAAUUUGCAAAAAUGAAGCAAGAACUAGAAGCGGAAUAUCUAGCUGUCUUUAAGAAGACUGUAUCAUCCCAUGAAGUUUUUCUUCAGCGACUUUCUUCUCAUCCUGUCCUCAGCAAAGAUCGCAACUUUCAUGUUUUCCUGGAAUAUGAUCAGGAUCUAAGUGUUAGGAGGAAAAACACCAAGGAGAUGUUUGGCGGCUUCUUUAAAAGUGUAGUGAAAAGUGCUGAUGAAGUCCUUUUUUCUGGAGUUAAGGAGGUAGAUGACUUCUUUGACCAAGAGAAGAAUUUCCUCAUUAACUAUUACAAUAGGAUCAAGGAUUCAUGUGCAAAAGCCGAUAGAAUGACCAGAUCUCAUAAAAAUGUUGCAGAUGAUUACAUUCAUACUUCAGCCUCCUUGAAUAGUCUAGCUUUAGAAGAGCCAACUGUCAUCAAAAAAUAUUUACUGAAAGUUGCUGAGCUAUUUGAAAAGCUACGGAAAGUGGAAGGUCGAGUAUCAUCAGAUGAAGAUCUAAAACUGACAGAACUCCUCAGGUAUUAUAUGCUCAACAUAGAAGCUGCUAAGGACCUCUUAUACAGGCGUACAAAAGCCCUCAUUGACUAUGAAAACUCAAACAAAGCUCUGGACAAAGCCCGGUUAAAAAGCAAAGAUGUCAAGCUGGCUGAGACUCACCAGCAAGAAUGCUGUCAAAAAUUUGAACAGCUUUCUGAAUCUGCAAAAGAAGAACUGAUCAGUUUUAAACGGAAAAGAGUGGCAGCAUUUAGAAAAAACCUAAUUGAAAUGUCUGAACUGGAAAUAAAGCACGCAAAAAAUAAUGUCUCCCUCUUGCAAAGCUGCAUUGACCUUUUCAAGAACAACUAAGUUGCCUUCACUCUGAAUGAACCUGAACUGAAGAUGAAUGUGAAAACCAGCAUUAAUUGCACUCAAUUUCAUUAGCCAUGGAAGAUUUAUUUUUACUUUUGACUAAAACUUUAGUUCGAAAAAUUUAUAUGAAUAAAUAUUUUACUUUCUGAGAAACGUGACUAAUGCAUAACCAUGUUUAAAUUUUUAGAAAUUUCUUUUUGAGGUAAAUUGCAUGGAUAUAGCUAACCUUUCUGUCAAAUACUUUUAAUACCUCAAGGUGGGCAGGAUAGAAGUCCUAGAUUCUAAAUCAUUCUUUUAAAUAGUAAGGAAAGGAACCUGAAAAUGUGCUUGUUGGAGAGCUUGGUACAAGAGUGUCCCAUUAUUUCUCACACUCCCAUUCAGUUGUAAAUUAAAAAUUGGAAUUAGGAGUUAAUUAUGUACAACAAAACCUUCUUCAGCUCAAGAGUUGAAUGAGAAAUAUCCAAACAUUCCAUUCUUUUAUCAGAUUUUUUUCUCCUAUUAUUUCCAUAGUUUUUUAACCACCUCAAGUAUUUAUAUUGUAUUGGGAGAUCAAGGAUAUUUCAUUAGAUUUAUUUUUGUAAGUAAUCUUAUACAGUACAGCUUUUGUAGUUAGAAUAUAAGUACAUUUGGAGAAAAGAAAUUUUCUCCUAUUUAGUGUCAUCAACUUAGGAGGGAGAAGAAAAUGCCUUAAAGGUAUGGAAAUAAUAUAGUGGCCUAGUAUAAUAUAAUUGGCCACAUUGAUUUUUUUUUCCUUAACUACUCCUACUGCCUGGUAUGGGGGAACCUAAAAAUCCAUUUGUGAGAGGGCUUGUGUAUGUCUGUUUUUUUUCUUUCUUUUUUCUUUUUUUUUACACAAAAUGGUUUAUUGCAAAAUGUGUAAUAAAACAUAAAGAGAAUA